UGUUUACACUAUAAGCGCCAGAAAGAUGAAAGGCGAUUUAAUUCCUUAUUUCGGGUUUCUUCACAAUUUUAAUGGCACUGAACUCAACUAGCGGGCGUAUCUGAAGCUAUUCAGACACAGGAGCAGACGAAAACCAUGUAGCUGUCAAGUGUAACGAUUUUAUUGGUGAUUCAAGAAGUAGCUAAUGGUCUGCUCGUCCGCAACCGCUUCGUUAAAGGCCAUUUAGCUUCUGUCAAGUUGUUGCAAUUGCCAAGUUAAGCCAUGGGGAUACGAGAAUGUUGUUCCGCCUUCUUAGGUGGACUUCCCGAUCCCGCCCUGCCCCUUAUGCCCUCAAUGGCUUUAGGCAUGAUAUUUGCUGCUCUAAUUCUUGUUAUCUUCUACAAAAAGGAGAAUAAAGUGCCUUUGAAAACUGCCGUCUUAGAGAUCCUGAGGAAAGUGUUCUACCUCUUUCCGACUCCAGACCACUCAGAGUCACAGUCAUGCAGGAACUCCAGCUGUGUCCGUUGCUCUAAAUACAAGGAGCUGGAGCAACAAAUUGCAGAGAAAUGGAGAGCAUUAGAUACAAAGACUCAGGAGUCCAUCUCACUUAGAUUGCGUAAUGCUGUGCAGACAGUGGUGAGGAGGUUGGUUCCAUCUUCAGAAAAAUUAGGUAAAGACAGAACAAGAACCUCGGAGAGAGAGAAAUCACUUCGAUCAGUCUUCCAGAAGCCCACUAUAUUCCCCAUGGAUUUAGCAGCCAACCCUUACUGGAACGAGUUCGAUGUCUACGGGAUGGAACUCAGACUCCUGAAGCUCAAUUUUAGCAUCAUAUUGAAGGAAUUUGAGUCUGUCUUUGAGGCUCUGAAGGGUGGUGACAACUGGGGCUGGAAACUGAAUGAUAUCCCUCGUGGUCAUUGGUGCAUCUUCCCCUUCAUUGACCAAGGUGUUGUCAGUGAGUCAAAUUGCAAGAGAUGCCCCAACACAUCAACUAUGAUCGGGUCAUUGCCAUCAGUCAUGAAGGACUGUGUUUUUGGCAAUGCCUGCUUCUCAGUGCUGUAUCCUGACUCACACAUUGAGCCUCACUAUGGCCCCACCAAUCUAAGAUUGAGGUGCCAUUUAGGACUUAAAAUCCCCAGUGACUGCUGGCUUGAGGUGAAUGGUACACAGCAUAAUUGGAAGUCAGAGGAGACUGUAGUCUUUGAUGACUCCUUUGAACACUCUGCUACAUUCAGUGAGCAAUCAAGUGCAGCCCAAGCAUCUCCAAGAGCAGUGCUGAUUAUCGAUUUCUGGCAUCCAGAUAUUACAAAAGAUGAAAAGAAAAUCCUAUUGGAUUUGUUAAGUCCUUAGGAAUAUAGUCAGAUGUUUUUUCUCUUCUGUUUUUAGGGAUUCAGUAAUGUUCUGUUAAUUCUUGUAGUAAUUUAUCAAAAUGUAUAUGGUACUUAUGAAACUGUCAUAUCAUGUAUCUGAUUAUAUGAUUUCAAGAAAUAGAUGAAUAAAUGAUUAAGCUCUGAUUGUGUGUUCUUCCAUAUUAGAACUGAUUGACAAUUUUCUUUAUUCAUCUUCAAUCAGCAUUCAUAAAGAUUAAGGAACUGAAUGAAAGAAGUUUAUAUUUAUUUCCUUAACUAAUGAAUAAAAAAAGAAGUCUCC